AUGGCCAGCGAGAAAUCAAAGAUUGCCGUUGUCGGUGUGGCAGCGCAGAUACCCUCUGGAGGGUUUUCUGAGAAAGACCUCGACUACCGCACAUUCUGGGACUUCCUCGUUUCGGGGUCACAGGCGUACCAGCAAAUCACACCAGAGCUAUUCCAGAGCAGCGAAUUUGCUACCGCGUUUGACAUAGUGAAGUUCCCCGCGCUCGGGGCUUUCCUCAAGAACCCUGAUGGGCUAGACACGAUCAGCUUCGGCAUCAGCCCCAAGGACGCGCGUGUCAUGCCAUUCACCGCACGGAGACUCAUGGAACUGUCGUUUGAGGCCCUGACAGACUCAGGCAUCGACUACCGGAGGCAGAAGGUCGGUUGUUUCAUGAGCGGGAUUUCUGAUUUCGAAGCGCGGGGUCUCAUCAACACGGAUGGAAGCUUCGCCUAUGUUCCCAGCUCGCUGCCAAACCGCAUCUCAUACGCGCUUGAUCUCACAGGGCCAUCAAUCCAGCUUGAUACGGCAUGCAGCUCGUCGCUGACCGCACUCCACCUCGCCUCGCAGUCUAUCGUCGCGGGAGAUUGCUCGGCCGCUUUGGUCGGCGCAGCCCAGAUCAACCGCGCCAUUGGAGAAUGGGCGAGAUACGUUCCCGGCGGGGUUCUCAGCCCGGAUGGAAUCACCAAGCCGUUUGAUGACGCUGCUGAUGGAUUUGGCCGAGGCGAAGGAGCCAUCGUGGUGGUUCUGAAGCGUCUGGAACAAGCUCUGCGUGACAAAGAUCAGAUCUACUCAGUCAUCCUCGGCUCGGCGAUCAAUGCUACUGGAUCCCGCAUGCCUCUGAACGUGCCUAGUGGGCUGGCCCAACGGCAAUGUAUAAAUGAGGCCUAUCAUAGAGCGGGGAAAGAGUUCAGUCAGGUGGACUACGCAGAAUUACACAUCACGGGUACCGCGGCUGGCGACCCAAUAGAAGCCAAUACGGCCGGAGAACUAUUUUCUCCACAGAAUCAACUUGUAGCCGGGAGUGUGAAGGGAAAUGUUGGGCAUCUAGAAUCAGCCGCCUUCCUCGUCUCAUUGCUCAAGAGCUCGCUAAUUCUCGAGCACAAGAUCAUUCCGCCGACGGUCAACCUGACGAAACCGUCUACUUCCAUUGAAUGGGAGCGCAUAUCACUCAAUGUCCCGGUACAGCCCACACCUCUCACUUGUAAAUCCUCGACCGGAAGAUCGGUUAUCUCGAUAUCCAGCGCCGGUAUCGGCGGAUCGACUGGACACGUGGUCAUCGAGUCGCCCCCCGUUGAGCCCGAGCCCGAGUCCGAGUCCGCGUUCAGCGGUGAUUGUCCGACAGUCACCGUCGUGGUCGGAGGUCUAUCACCCCGCGCUGUCAACGAAAUCUCGCAGUCCUUGAUCGGAUCACCCGAGCUCAGAGACGCAGACUCGCAGCUCCUCCGGCAAUGCGCGGUUACCUUGUCACGGCGUGCCCGGCAGAUGCCGUGGCGGACCGCCUUCACGCUGCCAAGAGACUCAUCCUCCGCUGGAGACCUUCCUUCACCGGUUCUGGUCCCGAGCUCACCGCCUCCGCUGGUUUUCGUUCUCAGCGGACAGGGCCCCCAGCAUAUCGAGAUGGGCCGGAGGUUGUUUUCCGAGUUCUCAGUAUUCCGGAGGACGAUUGUUGACCUGGAUCAAGUGCACGUCUCUGUGAUGGGCUGCUCGUUGCUCGACUCCACCGGCCUGUUCUCCUCCCGCUCCUCGGAUGUGACGAUCACUCUCUCACCCGAUGCAUGGCCGGUCACGAUCACGGUUGCUGCGAUUGCGAUGAUCCAGAUCGCAUUGUUUGAUUUGCUGCGCUCGGUGGGCGUUAGACCUGAUGUCCUGGUGGGUCAUUCGGCCGGAGAGACCACGGCUCUGUAUGCGUCCGGCGCGGGAUCGAAGGAGAUGGCGUUCGAGAUAGCUCUGGCGCGGGGAGUUGCGAUGACUGUGACGGAGAGUCCGGACCGUGGGAUGGCGUCGCUGGGAUGCAACGCAGAGAAAGCGAGGGCGAUCAUUGCUAGCGUCGCGUGCGCCGAUUUGGAGAUAUCUUGCUUCAACUCUCCUUCUGGUGUCUCCGUUUCGGGUCUCGCGGUCUCUCUGGACAAGGCCGUCGCCGCUGCUCAAGGAGAGGGAGUAUUUGCUCAGCGGAUACGCACAAUGGUGCCCGGCCAUUCGUCGUUCAUGGAGGAGAUUCGAACGGAUUAUCUGUCCCGCAUGGAGGCAAUCUUCACGCGGUACCCCGGUCCACACGUGCCUGCUGUUCCUGUCUAUUCUACGUGUACGGGAGAGACAUUGGUGUCCCAGUUCACUCCUGAAUACUUUUGGAUGAAUUGCCGAAACCCCGUCCUUUUUGAAUCCUCCAUCGGACACAUUCUUACCUCGCACGCGGACAACCCGCCCGUGUUUCUCGAGAUCUCCAAUCAUCCCGUCCUGGCUUCCUCCAUCAUCGCUCACGGCGUCUCUGAUUCACUCGUUCUUUGCCCGAUGCGUCGCUCGUCGGCCAAAGCGAAAUCGAAUCCGACCGAGCACGCGACUUUUACUAACACGCUCGCAUCCCUCGUGCUGCUCGGCGUCAACCAGAUCGAUUUCAGCGGGCUGUAUGGCAAAUCAAGUUAUAAACCCUCACUGAUUGCACAUCCCCUCGUCCAUCGUCCAAUACCUCCCCCGAAGACGAUACCCGGCACCGCGCAUGCCUCCCGUGAUACGGCACACGUGAGCUUGAACGGUCGCUUACUCCAGGGGCUUAACAUUGUUGUCAACGAGAAGACACACCCACUUCUCGCUCAGCAUGUCGUUCACGGUCAGCCUAUCCUUCCUGCGACCGGGUUUCUAGAACUGGUUUGGCGCUCAUAUUUCCUCAAAAAACGUACUGAGGGCAUCCCAGAUACUGGAGACGGGGGCGAACGUCAUCUGGGAUGUCGAAUUUACGUCGGUAUAUUCGCUUUCGCCAACGACGAGCCCUCUGGAGCUCCAUCGCUGCGAGCGGCAAUGGUCCUUGAAAUCGGAUUCGAAGAAACCCGCAUCACACAGAGAGUCCAUGCCAGUGGUCUCAUGGACAGCACGAUGCCUCGCGCACCUCCCCAAGUCACUGAUCUGAAUCGAGUGUGGGAUCGACUGCCCAAGAUUCGCAUGGCUGGCUUCUAUGAGUCCGUGGCCUCUCAUGUCCAAUUCGGACCAGUGUAUCAGAGAGUGGUCCGUGCUCAUGGCACACCCUCGGAAGUAAUUCUUGAGGUUCGAGUUCCUUCGGCCGACGAACCCUGGUCGAAUGAGUAUCGAUUACAUCCCAUCCUCCUCGAUGCAUGUAUCCAUAUAUUGCUGCAUCAGGCCCUUUCGAAAGAGCAUCUGGACCACGGCGGCGCACUGUACCUCCCCGCCCAGCUUGGUCGAUUCGUUUACUAUGGGAUGGAGACAAAUAUCCUGUCUACGUGGAUUUCCCACAUCAAGCGCCGCUCGUGGGCACCAGAUUGGAAGUCCUAUGACGUCGUUAUCUCGGAUACGUCCGGACAUGUUGUUUGCCGGUUUGAUGAUCUGAUCGUCAAGCGGCUGGUAGCCCCCGCUCCACGUGUUGCGCGACGCUUUGAUCUGGUGCAACAACCGAUCGCGUUGCUCUCGUCCAAAGGUCGAGAUGAGCCCGUUGUGUACCGAGAUAUUGAGGCAGAUGAAGGAGAUCUGGUCGCGCUCUAUCGCCAUAUGGACAAUUUAGCGCUAGAAAUGUUCGACAAGUCCUUGGCGAACAAGGAUCUGGUCGUUGGCAGUGAGGCAUCUCGUGCACGCUAUUUCUCGUUCGCCCAGCGCUAUCAUGCCCGUAACACCAGAUCUGCGGUGCCGGAAGACACGAUCCAGCACCUGCGCGAGAGAUAUAACCCGUAUUUCGAGGUCACAUCUAGGAUCGCUUCAGUGCAUGACACGGUGUUUGCUUCAUCCAAGCGCGCGAUCGACAAGCUGUACUCGGACGACCUGAUGUCUAGAUUCUACAGCAGGGAAGUUCAGUCGAACAACGUCUACAGGGCGCUUUCCGAGGAAUUCUCGGAGAUUGUAUCCGCAAUUCGGCAGCAGGGACGACGCUCGAUAAACAUUCUUGAAGUCGGAGCAGGGACAGGAUUGUUGACUCGGUAUAUCGUCGAUGAGCUAGGGAAAGCGACUGAUGUUCUCGUGGAAUAUACAGUAACGGACGCAUCUGUUGCGUUGGCCUCAGAACUUGCUCAAAGCAUCGCUUACGAUAAAAUGGUCCCUCGUGCAUACGACCUUCGACGAGAUCCUUCCUCUCAGGGCUUUGCGCCGCAGUCAUUCGACAUCAUUCUCGCUCUCCAUGUACUGCACGCGGUGCCGGACACCAAAUCCUGUCUCGCCUCCCUCAAGACGCUGCUCAUCCCGGGCGGGUACCUGUUCGUUGUAGAGCUCGACGGGCGUAAAUGGGGCUCCAAGCCAGGCAGUGUGUGGUUCGACUGUGUGUUCGGUUCGUUUCCGGAGUGGUUUGGGUUCGAGGAUGGGCGCGAGCACUGCACCAUGCCUCCUGACGCUUGGAUGCACCAGCUCUCGUCUUUGGGCUUCGUCAACGGACGUGUCUGUCAGCAGGAGGCUGGAGAGGGACACAAUUUUCUAUUCAGUGCGCAGAAAGAAAACUCAGGCGGUGACGUGAUGGCGAAUGGGUACCCUCCGGUGGCAGACUCCCGCCGUAUCUUUCGCUAUUCGGUCGGCGGGGAGAUGGCCUUACAGCGCGCCAUCGAGGCGCUCGAUCAAUUCGAGGAGGGGCUCGAUGUAUACGUCAUAUCGCUUGAGGGUAGGGACGCGGACAGCGCUCUGGGCUUCUGCGCAUCGCUCUCACGCGAGUUUCCUCGCUGGAGCAUCCGCCUAGCCAUCUUCGCAUCCGAUGAUCAAAUCGCGGACGCGUCUCAUCUGAUCUCGCAACAUAUUGGAGUAUACACUCGCGGUGAAUCGGUCGUUUACUGGCCGAAGGAUGGCGGAGUUCCACGCGUCUCUAGGCUCGCCCUGGCUUCGGCGCCAGAUUCGAGCAGGGAGGCAGAGACCGAGCACAUGCAUCUUCGUGGAGAAGACGACCUCCUCGUCGAGUCUUUUCUCACGGAGAGUGUUGGAUCUGGGCUGUAUAUCAUUGCUGGUCGUGUUGCAAUGAGCCAGAGCGCACGCUUCCCGGCCGGAUCCUUGAUUCUUGCUUUGACGGAGAAAAAUCCGGGCCGGUUGGCCCACAUUCCAGUCUGUUCCGCUGUGCCAAUUCAUCAUCUGCCAGCUAUCGAAGCAGUUCAGACGUUACUGGAUGCGGCGGUGUUCUCAUUGAUCGAGCAAAACAUAGUGCGGUCCACAAACAAGGACAUAUAUGUCGCCCUCCUCUCGACAAAGCGUGGUGCCUCCCGCAUAUCACGCUCCCUCGCCUGUCUCACGGAAUGCCAAGUGCUCGAUCCGUCAGACGAGCGCCACAGCGUUCGACUCCUUCUCACUGAUUCGGACACCCUCGUUGCGCACCCGAACAUCUGUCAAUGGGUCCCACGCUCCGGCCGACUCGUGGUCGUAGACACCCUCCUUCGCCAGUCCCUGCGCGACGAUUCCUCGUCCGUCCUGGCUCAUGCGCUGCAGGCCGCCUGGGACACAGUUGCCUCGGGCUCGGACCCGAUGACAUUGCCCGUCUCCACUCUCUCUUUGACCCCUCUCUUCUCCAACAACAAAGCGUACAUCAUUCUUGGAGGCAUCGGCGGUCUUGGUGUCGAUCUGGCCGUCUGGAUGUAUCAAAAUGGUGCCCGACACAUCGUGCUCACGUCUCGGCGGGGUAUCGAGUCUCUGGACAGGGUUAGGGACGCCGAAUCCAUCGUCAAGAUAGAUUAUCUGCGUAGCCGCUCGGACCUCGAGCUGCGGCUCGAAGCCUGCGAUGCAACGAGCGUGUCAGCCACAACAGAUGUGCUUCGCACCCUUUGUCGUCCGUUGGGUGGUUGCUUCCAGCUGACACUCGUCCUGUCGGAUGCGUUGUUUGGGGCGCAGACGUCUGCUUCAUUCGAGGUUGUGCGUGCGUCCAAGCUCGGGGUGUUCACCGCGUUCGCGUCGGUGGUGGAUAUGGCGUCGCUCGAUUUCUACGUUGCGUUCUCGUCGCUGUCGGGACUGGUGGGGUAUGCCGGGCAAACCAACUACGCGAGUGCCUGUUCGGAGCUGAAUGGGGCGUUAGCUGGGUAUUCGAAUGCCUUUUCUCUCAUCGUACCCGGGAUAUUGAACGCGGGGUUCUUGGACCGUGCCAGCUCAGACCACAUCGUCAAGUCGGAUUCCGGUAUCUUUGCCACUUCCCUCGCGACUCAGGAACUCUGGGCCAUCUUGCGCGACGGGCUGUCCAAGAUCGCAUCUGGUCAUACGUUCAGCCAAUACAUCCCUGAUCUCGAUUGGAAGACUCUGAAUGGUGGAUUCCCACUCUCUCCGACCUUCAGCCACCUAAUCUCAGAGAGAAUCGUUAUGGGCAAGUCAUCACCGGACGACCAGAUUCUUCCUCGAGUGCUGGCCAUCCUGGAAGUCGACGCGUCCGAUUUCGACUGGGAGCGCCCACUGAUAUCGUAUGGGCUUGACUCGCUGACCGCGACACGACUGUCGACGUUGCUACAGCCCUUCUGCACUGUAUCUCAGCUCGAGCUGCUUGGAGGCAUCUCCUGGGACAAGAUAGCUCCGAAACUCGCAGUCGUCUCCCCGAACCCUGAUUCGGCGUCGGGCUUGACAGUGUUGCUGGAUAUCCUAGGUGUUGACGCGCGCGACUUCGAUCCCUCGAUCCCUCUCAUCUCUUACGGCCUCGACUCGCUGAGCGCAGCAAGGCUGGCUACGGCAUUGAAGCCAUAUGUUGCCGUGACCCAGCUCCAGCUGCUCGGCAAUGUAUCGUGGGCGGAUCUUUCGAGGGUGGCACCGGCGCAAAGCGAGUCGAUCGUGGAGCUGGUCUCUGGUGCUGGCGCUGCUACGCCUCUGUUUGUGUUCUGCGGUGGGGAGGGGAGCUUGGCUCCGCUGCUUGCCUUGCGGACGCAUUUCAAGUCGCGCACUCUAUACGGGGUGCAGAUUACACCGGCGACGCCACUCGCUACAUUGCCGGGCCUCGCGCGUUACUUUGUGUCCCAGAUGCAAGCGAAACAGGCACACGGCCCAUACCGCAUCGCAGCGUACUCGCAGUCGUCCUUCGUCUGCAUAGAAGUAGCUCGGAUCCUGGAGGCGGACGGGGAGCGAGUCGAGCAGCUCGCUUUCAUCGACCACUUCCCGACGCUCUGGCUGCACCCCGAACUCGAAGCCAUUCCCGACGUUCACAGGGAGCUGUCGCAGUUCUUCGAUUACCCUAUCCAAUCCAUGAUCGCGAUGUUCAGUGCGGAUCCGCUUUAUCGAUCCUCCGGUCGCGCAGAGCAGCUCAAAGCCGCCGCGGCCGGAGUGCAGGACUCGCAAGACGAUUUGCAGAUGGUGGAAAUGACCAGGGCCCUCAUUCGCCCGAUUCUGGAGUUCCUUAGGGGCCUGGGAUCACAGUCCUGGACCGAAUACACAGCUGCCGUGGAUCGAUGGCUGUCCUCGGUCGAGGCCCCAUAUGCGUUGGUUGUUGCAGAAUUUGGCAUCGGCACCACGAUUCCAAGGCUGAGAGGCGGUGGGGACUGGGAGGCGCUCGGGGUUAAGAGACACUGCUCGAAGGAGGUCGAGGUUUAUCUCGUGGAGGGAGUUGGGCACUACGGGAUAUUGGGCACACCGGAAUUGGCACAGUUGCUACAGUAG